CCCAGACCCCCUCAGCCCCCCCCAGCCCCAGUGGAUUCCAAUCCCAGCCACAGGCUUUCCCCCACGUGCCCCAAAGCAUCGUGAUUGUAGCCCUGAGCCCCAGGGGAUCCCAAUCCCAGCCCCACAGCGCCCCACAGCCUCCCCCCUCAGCCCAGCCCAGGGCAGCAGCCUCGGCCCAGGGCUCCCUCCCGCACCUCCGCAACCGAGCGCAAGGGGGCGCAGGAGCGGCAAGGCAGCCCCGCCCCCAGCUGGCAGCACAGCCAAUGGGAGCCGGCGGAGGGGCGGCCCCGCCCCCAGGGCCGAGGGAGACUCCGCCCGCAGCUGCCUGAGCGCCAUUUUGGCUGCUGCUGGGAGCGGCCGCGGAGCGAUAGAGCAGCGCCUGAGCAUGGCCUCACAGAAGGACCCAGACGAGAUCUGGGAGGAGAUGCAGAACCCAGAGAGUAAGAUGGAGCAGGCAAAGUGCAGUCUGAAGAAAGAAGAGGAGAAAGAUGUCAAGACAGAGGAUGACAACGAUGAGGGGACUGAUGACUGUGGUAACGUUGAGUAUGAGGAGGAGGAAUUUGAGGGGGAUGAAUUCACGUUAGCCAGCUCUGUGCCAGUCAAGCAGCUGCUUCAGUGCCCUGAAAGUGGGCAGAGAUUCACACAGUGCUCACAGCUCAUUGACCACUGCCGAGCCCAUACCAGUGAGAAGCCCUUCAGCUGUGCUGACUGUGGCAAGAGCUUCACACGGCACUCAGAGCUCAUUGUCCACCACCGAACCCACACAGGCGAGAAGCCCUUCAGUUGUGCUGUCUGUGGCAAGAGCUUCACGGUGCGCUGUAACCUCAUUGCCCACCACCGGGCCCACACUGGAGAGAAGUCCUUCAGCUGUGUUGACUGUGGCAAGAGCUUCACACGGCGCUCAGAGCUCGUUAUCCACCGCCGAACCCACACUGGUGAGAAGCCCUGCAGCUGUGUUGACUGUGGCAGGAGCUUCACACAGAGCUCACAGCUCACUGUCCACCGCCGAACCCACACUGGUGAGAAGCCCUUCAGCUGUGCUGACUGUGGCAAGAACUUCACACAACGCUGCAACCUUGUUGCCCACCGCCGAAUCCACACCGGCGAGAGGCCCUUCAGCUGUGCUGACUGUGGCAAGAACUUCGCAGUGCGCUCACAGCUCAUUGUCCACCGCCGAAUCCACACUGGCGAGAAACCCUUCAGCUGUGCUGACUGUGACAAGAGCUUCACACAGCGUUCGCAGCUCAUUGCCCACUGCCGAACCCACACUGGUGAGAAGCCCUUCAGCUGUGCUGUUUGUGGCAAGACCUUCACAGCGCGCUCCAGCCUCAUUGUCCACUGUCGAAUCCACACCGGUGAGAAGCCCUUCAGCUGUGCUGACUGUGGCAAGAACUUCACACGGCGCUCACAGUUCAUUGUCCACUGCCGAACACAUACCGGUGAGAAGCCCUUCAGCUGUACUGACUGUGGCAAGAGCUUCACAGUGCGCUCAGACCUCAUUAUACACCACCGAAUUCACACUGGAGAGAGGCCUUUCAGCUGUGCUGACUGUGGUAAGAGUUUCACUUGGAAGUUCACUCUGACCCAGCACCGCAGCGUGCACACCAUUGAGAAGUCCUUCAGCUGCAGGGACUGUGGCAAGAGCUUCAAAACCAGCCACAGCCUCACCAUCCACCGCCGCAUCCACACUGGAGAGAAGCUGUUCCCCUGUGCAGAGUGCGGCAAGAACUUCACCACAAGCUCAAGUUUCAUCCAGCACAGACUCAUCCACACUGGUGAGAAACCCUACAGCUGUGCUGACUGUGGCAAGAGCUUCACCCAUACCUCUACCCUCACCCAGCACCGUCGUGUCCACACCGGCGAGAAGCCCUUCACCUGCUCUGACUGUGGCAAGAGCUUUACCCGCAGAGGCAGUCUCACUUCCCACCGCUGUACCCACACUGGUGACCAACCCAUGCUGCAGGGGAAGCACAAAUAGACUCACUCCAGGUCUGUUGGGGUAAUUGUGUCCCUCCCCCCCCCCAAGAAGGCCUUUCCAGCAGAUUGAACCAAGGUUGCCUCUUUUUCACCUGCAUUUCUCAGAGGUUGAGGGCUCCAGCAGGAACAAACACCUGCUCUUCUGAGCACCAAUUAGUGCUGGUGAGAAUAAUUACAGUGCUGAGUCAGCACAGCUGGAGAUGCCAUUGGAGCUGGGCUGAGCUGUGCAGGGAUUUGUCUGGUUCUUCCCCUAUUCUUUGUGUCUCCCUGGGGUAAAAUGCCCUCUGCCCUGUGCCCAGUUGUGUCAAUAAAAGCCCAAAGUGACCCAAA